AACCUCAGGAUCCAACGAGCUGUAGGCCGAUCCAGAGAGGGUAACAUGUUUCCUCUCAGUUUAAAGCUACAAGUAAGCCUUCUGGAGGAAGACCAAGCAGCAGUGCAGAACGCUGGUGUUCUGCAGACAGAAGAAGGUGGCUCUUUUGCAGAUUAUCAUUACUAUGCUACAGUCAUUAUUUUCUCCAGCAUCAGUGGUCUUAUUACUGUCUAGUCAGAUGGAACCAUCUGUGGCAUCAAGGAUAGUUUUGCUUUAAUGCUCUUUAGCUAUGAGAAGGAAGAACUGUUGGGAAAGAACAUCACAUUCCUGAUCCCUGGUUUCUAUAACAACAUGGAGGGAAGCAGUGACUGUUCUUUGCCAUUACCUCCUCUUGACACCUCCAUGGGGACAGAAGGGGAGUGUGUCUUUGAAGAUGUUACUGCCUGCUGUACAGCUGGUUCUGGCUGCUGGAACAGAGACAGCAGCUUCUUGGCUGCUUCUUUAGCCAGCCUUCUGUCAAGAGAUGAAGAGGAGAAAUUGAAAAGACACAAAGAUGACAAAAUAAUACAUGAUGAGACUAAACAAAAUAAUGGGAACAGGUUAUUUUCUACUCCUUCACCUCCUGAAGUGGCAUCCACACCCUCUAAUAGGGAAGGGCACAUUGCUACCAGUGGGUGGUCAGCCUACCAUAGAGAGCCUUACCCUGAAACCUGGCUUGACAGAAUCGGAGCAGUGGAACAGUGUAGAAUAGUGCAAGAUACAGGAUCAAAUAAUUCUCAAAAGAUGCUCUCUGCAAGACUCUCUCCCAUGUCACCUGAUUCAGAGCAGUUGGAUUUAGGUCAGAACAUGAAGGUUCCAGUAAGAAGCAGAGAUAGUGCAGUAUCUGUUGCAACUGAGACUCGAAAUGGCAGUGAGACUAGUAUCUUCCCUGACCAAUUACAAGUUCAUAAUCAAGACCUCAAGGAAGUAAUUUGUCAGCAGAUCUGUAGGUUACUGUAUGAAAUGCUGAAGCAUCAGCAUUCUGCUGAUGCCUGGGGACAAGCUUUUUCAGUAAAUCUUGCCUGGGUGUCUGUUUGUUCUAGGCUAGAAGACAAUCUAGAUACCACAUCCUAUGGCCUAAUUAAGCUGCCUUCUGAUGUUAUUUGUAACUCACCUGGGACACCAACAAUAGGUGAGCCAUGGUCUGGGACAACACUGGACUGCAGACAAGACUUUCAAAGCCGUAUGGUGGCAGGGCAGUUGUCCAAAACAAACUCAAUGUGUGAUGCAAGACAUUACAGUCUUGAGCACAUUGUCAUUGAAAACUGCCUGCUAAAUGAUGCUUCAUCCUUCUUUGGAAAUGGAAGAGAUACUACCCGUGAUGUUUGCUCAAGAAAUAAAAUGGGUUGCAGUGCUUCUGCACCAGGAGUUGCCACAACCUCUGAAGAUGUUAAAGAAUCAGACACUGAGCUGAACUGUAUUUGCUCUGGUCUUGAGGUACUGGGUCUGAAUAUUGGUGUCAAGGGGAACUCAGACAAUUGUUCAGGUACUACUUCAGCUCUUGUAGGAGCAUCCUCUAAUGCUGUGGACUCGGCUGUAGGCAAUAUGCUAACUCAGAAAACCAGUGCCUUUUCAAUUGGGCAAGAAAAGCAGCUGUUGAAUGGUGUUGCCACAGAAGAUGGGUCUGGAUGGCUGGCCUCCCAGAGGCAUUUAGAAAACUCUGAAGAAUCCUCCAAAGCAUUUCUUGAGAAGCCUGAAGCUCUUGCAGAGACUGUGGGGGACAACAUCAACAGAAACCCACUGAAAGCAAAGGUAGUCCUGGGGAAGACUUGGAAGUUGCGUGGGCAGCAAAAUAUGGAGAUAAAAGUAACCUUAACCCCAGUGAAAGAAGGAAGGCUGAAACCAGCAGCUCCCUUGGCCCUGAAGAUUCUGGAAGGCAGCUAUACUGGGAAUUGCUGUCACAGAGAUGGUUCACAAUUAAGUAUACUCUUCGAAGUGAAGCGUGUGGAACUGCAGGACCCUGCUGUACUUUUCUGUGUCUGGGUGGUGAAAGACUUACAGAGCCAGAAGGAAGCUGAAGCAAAGACUCAGCUUUUGCUCUCCAGUCUAACAAGCUCUGCCCAGUCUAUUGUGGAUCUUUCUACACACAGUCUCGGAGAAGCCAUCAGAUCAACUUCACUUUUUGAGAAUUCCCAAAGAGCUGAAGAGCUUGAAGGAUUAAGGACAUGUGAGGGAGAAUAUGCAAAAAGUUACAACACUCUCAGUCUUAUUGGCAAAGGAUCUUUUGGCUCUGUCUGGAUUGCCAGGGACAAGAAAGAUCACCAGGAGGUUGUUGUAAAGUUCAUCUGGAAAGAGAGGGUGCUUGAGGACUGCUGGGUAGAUGAUCCUGAUCUGGGAAGAGUUACUCAAGAAAUCGCAAUCCUGUUGAAGCUGCAGCACCCCAGUAUCAUUAAGGUGCUGGAUGUAUUUGAAAAUGAACACUUCUUCCAGCUGGUGAUGGAGAAACAUGGAUCUGGUCUGGAUCUCUUUACAUUAAUUGAUAAUCAGCCAAACUUGGAUGAGCUAUUGGCGAGCUAUAUAUUCAGACAGCUUGUAUCAGCUGUUGGAUAUCUCUGCUGUAGAAACAUCCUUCACAGAGAUAUCAAGGAUGAAAACAUUGUCAAUUCUGAAGAUUUCACAAUUAAAUUAGUGGACUUUGGUUCAGCUGCCUCCCUGGAACCAGGCAAAUUGUUUUAUAUCUUCUGUGGGACAACUGAAUACUGAUCACCAGAAGUGCUGUCUGGCAAACC